UCAAAAAGCAUUCCCCCCUGCUCCCAGAAAAUCCCUAUCUCGUUCAGCUGGUCCUGCGUUCAAGUAAAUUGGGCGUGUAUAAUCCACGGGGUCUGCACGCGGUGCCCUAACCGGCGGCUUACGUAGUCGCGUGGGCCAUACUUUGUUGCGCAGGCCUGGCAGUUGUAACCUCCAUGUAUUUUUUUCAAUAGACGUUGCAAGGCGAGAAAAUGACAGUUAUAUAAAAGCAACAUGUGUCAGACACAUCAAUAUCGAUCGAAAUUUUGCCUCUUUUUCUUCUUUAAGAUCUUUUCAUCACUUGAUAGCAGUUGUUAACGUGGUCCUGAUGUUAUCGUUAAGGUCAGCUCUGAUUGACUGUAGACACUCCAAUCUGAUCAUCGUAUCUUGUUUUUACAGACUGUGUAUCUAAGACUACGUUAUACCGAGGGCUCUCUUUUAUUUUCUUUUAAAGACUAGGGUAUGAUUUGAUUAAGAUUUGGCUGCUAUUUCCAGCAGAUCGAGGCUAACAGCUAAAAGUGGCGUGGAUGGUUAAGCUGGGAUAAACAGAAAUGAGUUGGUUUUUUUUAAUGGCGUUUGAACGUGAAGUGUUAUGGAUCUGAGCUGCGAGUUCAAUCCACGUCAGCAUCUGAUUUAAAAGCUGUUUAUCAUGAGCAGUUGUAAAGAAGAAAGUGAAAGCUGCCUGUCCCUGUGUGCUUCUAACGGCCAUGAGGAUGCCGAACAGUUUGACAGAAUUUCAUCCAGCCAGACCCAUGCUGUCUCCUCUACGACCUGUGGAGAGGUAGCCAUCCAUCCAAACAAGAGCAAGUCACCAAAAAUGUCUCCCAGCAGCAGCAGCAGCUCAUCUGAUGCUGCAGUUCUGCAGAGAACCACCGUUGCCGACAUGACCAAGAGCAAAGACUUUGAGACGUUCCACUUGGCACCGAGCAAGAAGGCGGACAGCAAAUAUUACAAAGAGGAGAGUGCCGAGACUACGAAGGAGAAGAGCCGCAGCAGUAGCAAGAAGGCAAACAAGGAGAGUGGGAAGCUGUAUCCUGGCAAAGAAAGUGUAAAAUGGUAAUUAUUGGCGCUUUUC